CAUUUGAUUAUAGUUUAAAGUGUGAAAUAAAUAACAAAAUGGCACACAAUUAUAUUGUGACUGCUCAAAAGCCAACAGCAGUCAAUGCAUGUGUAACAGGAAAUUUCACAUCUGAAACGGAUUUGAAUUUAAUUGUAGCCAAAAAUUCCCGCCUCGAGAUUUUCCUUGUAACACCCGAGGGACUCAAACCGAUAAAAGAAGUUGGAAUAUAUGGAAAAACUGCAGUUCUGAAGCUUUUUCGACCAGCGGACGAAAAGAAGGAUUUGAUAUUCAUUCUUACACAGGCAUAUCAAGCGAUGAUUCUUGAAUGUAAAUACAAUAAAGAGCGUGAUGAUUUUGAAAUAAUAACAAAAGCUCAUGGAAAUGUAAGUGACAAAGUAGGUAAACCAGCUGAGACCGGUAUUCUGGCAGUGAUUGAUCCAAAAGCUCGCGUUAUUGGAAUGCGACUUUAUGAAGGACUUUUCAAGAUUAUUCCACUUGAAAAAGAUAGCAGCGAAUUAAAAGCAUACAGUUUACGUAUGGAAGAUGUAAACGUACAAGAUGUAGAAUUCCUUUACGGUUGCAAUUCGCCAACUCUUAUUGUUAUUCAUCAAGAUUUAAAUGGACGUCACAUUAAAACACAUGAAAUAAGUUUACGUGAGAAAGAAUUUGUAAAAGUGAGUUGGAAGCAAGAUAAUGUUGAAACGGAAGCAACGAUGCUUAUUCCAGUACCAACUCCUCUUGGUGGAGCAAUCGUAAUUGGGCAGGAGUCGAUUGUUUAUCAUGAUGGAUCGACUUAUGUUGCAACAGCACCACCAAUAAUAAAGCAAAGUACAAUAACAUGUUACGCCCGUGUUGAUACAAAAGGUCGACGAUAUCUACUUGGAAACAUGUCGGGAAAUUUAUUCAUGUUAUUCCUAGAGGCUGAAACAAAUGCUCAAGGAAACUUGUAUGUUAAAGAUCUCAAAGUUGAACUUCUCGGUGAAAUUUCCAUCCCCGAAUGUAUAACUUAUCUGGACAAUGGCGUUCUUUUCAUAGGCUCACGUCAUGGUGAUUCACAACUUGUGAAGUUGAACACUGUUGCUGAUGAAAAUGGAGCUUACGUUGUUCCAAUGGAAACAUUCACAAAUCUUGGUCCAAUUCUUGACAUGUGCGUUGUUGAUUUGGAACGACAAGGACAGGGACAAAUUAUUACAUGUUCAGGAUCAUUUAAAGAUGGAACGUUAAGAAUUAUAAGAAAUGGAAUUGGGAUUCAAGAGCACGCUUGUAUUGACUUGCCAGGGAUAAAAGGAAUGUGGGCACUUCAAGUUGGAAUCGAAGAUAGUUCGUAUGACAACACUUUAGUUCUUUCAUUUGUUGGUCAUACGAGAAUAUUAACAUUGACUGGCGAAGAAGUUGAAGAAACUGAAAUCGAUGGAUUUUUAAGCGAUCAACAAACAUUUUAUUGUGCAAAUGUUUUCUUUGGACAAAUCAUUCAAGUCACACCAACCAGUGCACGUCUCAUAAAAUGCGAUAAUAAAUCAAUGGUAAGUGAAUGGAGUCCACCACAAUCACGUCGAAUUGGUGUUGUUGCAUGUAAUCAAGAGCAACUUGUUUGUGCAUCAGGAUGUGACAUAUUUUACAUUGAGAUUCAAGAUGGAAAGCUCGUUGAAACAUCAACAAUUCAAUUGGAAUAUGAAAUUGCAUGUUUGGAUGUUUCUCCACUUGACGAUGGAGCAACGAAAUCAGAUAUUGUCGCUGUUGGAUUAUGGACAGACAUUUCGGUUUGUUUAUUAAAACUUCCAACGCUCGAAAGAAUUUUCACUGAGAAACUUGGCGGUGAAAUUAUUCCGCGAUCAAUUCUCGUUGCAAAGUUUGAAGGAAUUAACUAUUUGCUUUGUGCUUUGGGUGAUGGUUCAAUGUUUUAUUUUGUAUUGGAUAAAGAUUCAGGAAAGCUAACAGAUCAAAAGAAAGUUACGUUGGGAACGCAGCCAACAAUUUUGAAAACAUUCAGUUCGCUAUCAACAACAAAUGUGUUUGCUUGUUCUGAUCGUCCAACUGUCAUUUACUCAUCGAAUCAUAAGCUCGUCUUCAGCAAUGUCAAUUUAAAAGAAGUUAAUCACAUGUGCUCGUUAAAUGCUGAAGCUUAUCCCGAUAGUCUUGCUUUGGCAACAAAGAAUUCUGUUAUUCUUGGAACAAUUGACGAGAUACAAAAGCUUCACAUUCGAACAGUGACAUUGGGUGAAAGUCCGAGACGAAUUGCUUACCAAGAAACGUCGAGUACAUUUGGGGUGAUUACUGUAAGAACAGAUAUUCAAGAUUCAUCGGGUUUAAAGCCUUUACGUUCAUCAGCAUCUACACUAACAAAUAACAUAACAACAUCAAGUAACCUCCCAUCAUUAUCACGACCAGCUGGUGUUGUCAGUGUGGAGUAUGGGCAAGAGAUGGAAAUUCAUAAUUUAUUGAUUGUUGAUCAAAAUACUUUUGAAGUUCUUCAUGCACAUCAAUUUAUGCAAACCGAGUAUGCACUUUCACUUAUGUCAGCUAAACUUGGCGAAGAUCCAAACACUUAUUAUAUUGUUGGAACGGCUAUUGUAAAUCCUGAAGAACCUGAUCCAAAAGCUGGACGAAUAAUUGUAUUUCACUUUAGUGACGGUAAACUUCAUCAAAUAGCCGAGAAGGAAAUUAAAGGCGCUUGUUAUUCACUUGUGGAAUUCAAUGGAAAAGUUCUUGCUAGCAUUAACACAACUGUAAGACUUUUUGAAUGGACAAGUGACAAAGAUUUGAGACUUGAAUGUAGUCACUUUAACAAUGUUCUUGCAUUGUUUUUGAAGACAAAAGGUGAUUUCAUUUUGGUCGGUGAUUUGAUGAGAUCAAUAACAUUACUUCAGUAUAAACAAAUGGAAGGAAGCUUUGAAGAAAUUGCAAGAGAUUAUGAGCCAAAUUGGAUGACAGCAAUAGAAAUUCUUGAUGAUGACAAUUUCUUGGGUGCUGAAAAUGGCUCAAAUUUAUUUGUUGGACAAAAGGAUAGUGCUGCAACGACUGACGAAGAACGGCAACAAAUGCCUGAAGUGGCGCAAUUUCAUCUUGGCGAUAUGAUCAAUGUAUUCCGCCAUGGUUCACUAGCAAUGCAAAAUGUUGGCGAAAGAACAACACCGACACAAGGUUGCGUUCUUUAUGGUACAGUUAGUGGAGCUAUUGGUCUUGUGACACAAAUUCCACCAGAUUUCUAUGAUUUCCUUCGACAUCUUGAAGAACGAUUAACACAUACGAUUAAAUCAGUUGGAAAAAUUGAUCAUGCAACAUGGAGAAGCUUCAGAACAGAUCAAAAAGUUGAGCCGUGUGAAGGUUUCAUUGAUGGAGAUUUAGUGGAAAGUUUUCUUGAUUUAAGUCGUGAAAAGAUGCGUGAAUGUGCUUCAGGAUUACAGAUUGAUAACAACGGACAAAAACAAGAAGCAACAGUCGAUGACAUUAUAAAAAUUGUUGAGGAUCUUACUCGAAUUCAUUAAAUAAAAUUGAAUUGAAACCAUAACCACCAACAUCUGGCAUCACUUAGCAUCUUGUGUUAUUCUUCAAGAGGAAAUUUAAAUAUAUUUAGGUUUUUUUUUCAUUCCUUUCAUUUCUUUUGAUUUCAUCAGCAUCGAGUAAAAAAAACAUGUCUUAAUAAGUCGAAGAAAAACAAGCAAAAAAGGAUACAGAAAAUAAAGAUUUAUUUGAAAAUGAAUAUUGAUAAGAAUAUUUAAACAGUUUCAAGCUUUCCAAGACAACACGAGCAAUGCUCAACACCAACAUUUGGCUCGUACGAUGUUGCGUUGACGGUUUUAAUAUCGGAGAGAAUUUCAAGAAUUUUCCCGGCAGGUUCUUCCUUCAAUUUCAUCAAAUUUUUACUGGUUUGAUGAUCACGAUUAUCAGGAUUGAUGAUAAUUGGUUCUGAUUCAUGUUCAAGAAGCUUUGUUGCUUCAUUUCCCAUCUCAAUAUUGUUGUCAUGUUGAAGAACAAAUUUCUCAAUUAAACCAUUUAAUUGCAAUAAUUUUUCGUUCAUUUUCUCGCGAUCUGCUGCAAGGUUCUUCAACUGAAUAUCACGUUCAUGUUCUUUCUGUUUCAACAUUCUUCGUUGAUAUUGAUAAAGUGUUAUAUAUUCGCCGAUUGUUUCCGUUUCGAAUUGAAGUUGUGUGACGACAUGUUCAAGUCUCUGCUUUUCUUCUGUCAACUCAGCAACUUCCAACAUUGUUCGUCGAAAUCUCGAUUGAAGCUUCUCAAGUGCUUCUUCAGUUGCUAUCGAUGGUGUCACUGAAAUUUUCGUUUGCUUCUCAUCAUUAUUUGUUUCAAUUCGUGGUGAAUUUUCAUCGCCAUUUGUUAAAAAUUUUGUCUCGUCUGAAACUAUUUCUUCAGAUGUUGUCACUUUUCUGUUCAUUUGAAAAUCAUUCAUAGCCUUGAGAAGUUCACUUUUCUCCAUUUUUAACAUUUCGAUUUCAUCCAAAAGUUUUUUUGUAUCAUCUUUCGAUUCGUGAGAAUGUUGAUGAUUAUUUUCUUCAUGAUGAUGAUGAUGAUGAUGAUGAUCUUUCUGAUCAUGGCCAUGUUCAUGAUGAUGAUGAUGAUCAUGAUGAUUUUCAACAUUUCCUUGUGAUUCCAAAACAUUAAUUUUAUUUGUUAAACUUUCAAUUAAUCGUUUGGAACUUUCAAGUUCAGUUUCGAGAAUUCCUUCAGUUCCGUGAUAUUCUUUCGACUCGUAAUGGCGCAAUCGAUCAAUUUCUAUAU